AUGGCAAACCACUCUACGCCAGGUCCCAGUGCCCCAGGUCCGCGAGGGGCUAAGAGAAAGCCCGCUUCUUCCUCGUCUCGAGAGUCGCUCAACAUCAGCACGUGGCCGACGCAGACCAGGCUCGGCGAUGACGCUCGCGAAGAAAUCGUGAACAAGUACAAUUGCAUUCCCGAAAAGUCUGUGGCAGAUUUUCUCUCUGACCAUGUUCCCCGUUUCCCCGUGGCAGUUCUCGAAGAUGUUAUGGCCCAGUUGAAGAAGCAGACAAAGUUGCCUAGUAGCACGAAAUUUGCUGGCGAUGCUCAACGUUGUACCCCACUCAUGCCGGCUGGAACUGUAUAUGGUUAUAAUUCGAAAUCGCGAGCGAAAAAGCCUCGAGCGUUCUGUCACCUUUACGACCUUAUCAGGGCUAUUCUUGAGCUUGCAGCUCAAAUCAAUGGCCGCACUUGGGUUGCCCAUAGUUCCAAACAACAGCACCUUCCCGGCGAGAGAGUCAAGCCAAACUCUUCAUGCCCUGAUUCCUUUCUCUACCUGAUUCCAAACUUGAGGCUCCUGGAAGAGAUGGGAUGGGAACAGCUUCUUUGCGUUGGCGAGGUAAAGAACAAAAAGAGUGAGCAGGACGAGCAGGACAACUGGGUCAAGGUGGUUUGGGGAAUGCACCAUAUUAUGCGGAACGACCCGUGCCGGCUCUUCACAUUCGGAUAUACCCUAGAAGACGACCAAGCGAGGCUUUGGUAUCAUUCGCGGUCUAGUGUUGUUGUAUCAGAGCCGUUCAAUUGGAUUGAGGACCCAAAACCAUUCAUCACAUUUAUUCUUGCGUUGGCAUUGACCAACAACCACUCUCCCGUCAAACCAGACUCUGCUGCGCCAGUUCCCCCACGCGCUAAAGCAAACGAGCUCCCUACUCUGUACGAACAACACUCCGAUUACCUAGAGCGAAUUGGUAUCGAUUCUACGAUGAAGAGGGUGCUGGUGAGAGACGGUAUCCAGUACGAAAUCACUGUGAAGGGGCCGGUGGACGGGAAGGAAGGCAUACAGACGUUGGUUUUCGUCACAAAGGAGGUCCUGUGUGAUUUCAAAGUCGACAACGGAACAGGCCGCGCCACCCGCGUUUGGCUGGUUCACGAUAAGGAUGGUGGCGAGUCCGUCGAAUACGUCUUGAAGGAUGUAUGGCUGGAACACGGAGCUGUGGUAGAAGGGGAUAGCCUCACACAUCUCGCAAAUCUAGUCAAGGUCGACGAGCGCCAGCAUUCCGUGCCAGUGAAACAAUGGUACCGUGAUCAUCUGUUGCAUAUGCAUACCCAUGAGGAACUCGGACAGAAUGUGCUCGGUGUACGCGGCAAACACAGUUGCAUUCACCUUCUCCCCGCCAGGGCCAUCCAUUCCGGCUCUCAAAGGGCGAACUUCCAUGGUAGCCACGAGUUUGACGAACCAGAUCGUUUUCACUAUAGGAUCGUCUUGCAGGGUGCGAUGAAACCAUUGGAGUUGGUUCGUUGUCGGAGGACAUGCUCCAAGGUAGUCAUUGGGAUUUUCCGAGCGUGUUGGGUACUAUGGAUUUACGGAAUGGUUCAUCGUGAUGUUAGUAGUUGGAACGCCUUUUGGGAUCCCAAAUUAUCAACUGGGCGGCUCGGAGACUUUGACUACCUUGUUGAGUAUGCUGGAACUGAGACGGGCAGGACCAGAACUGGCACUCCUCACUUCUGGUCAGUGGAGGUUGAAGCACAGUACUACCUGUAUGGUGACCCCGAAGACUGUGAUAACAGUGAUUCCGAAUCCCUGGACAUCCCCGUUUUCAAACACAAUCUUCUCCAUGACCUCGAAUCCGUCUUCUGGGUCAGCUUAUGGACCGUCCUAUACCUUGUUGACAGUGAUGCUAGCCAGGACAAUCACGGGAAGGCCAAACAAGUCUUGAACGAGGAACAACGAAAACUCUACCAACGGAUCUUCCCGGACGGCGAACCAGUUGGUGUGCAUCAAGCCCGUCGCUGCUUUAUCGGUGUAAAUACUAUCCAAGGUCGCUGCCAACGCAGGAAACUACGGAAAUAUGCAAGUCAGAUGCCCGAGAAAACUUGUGAAUUGAUCGAUUUCCACUUUGGAAGGCUCCGUCGUGUCCUUGUAUCUCACUUUCGGAAGGUGGAAAAGGACUUGGUUCCUAAUGCCUUCAUCCCUUUCGAGAAUCCUGUAUUCGAAGGCGCGCUUAACACGCUGGGGAAAUUACUCGAGGAAGUUGCCUCGAAAUUGGAUGAUUCCGAGUAUCCGGUUUCGCCACUCUCGGAACACCAGUUCGUGCUCGAACGCGAGCUUGCGCCGUUGUUAAAUCCUGAAGACGCCCUCGCGCCAGCUGCUGGACCCUCAAAACCCUCCAAAAAGCCAAAGAACCCUCGAAAACACGGCGGCGGGGAAAGUAAAUGA